UCGGUUUGUGUUCGUUAAUUAACUUGUAUAAAGUCUGAGUAAAUAGCUCAGUGAUACUAUAUCGUCUUUUCAAAAUGGCCUGUUUACAUGUAAUGCUGCUUUUAGCUGUAACGUACAUCGUAGCUGGCAAUCGAAAAGCCUGCCCAUGCCCACUAUUGCAUGAUCCAGUAUGUGGCACUGACGGGAAAAUGUAUCCCAACGAAAGAUGCAUGAAAUGCUCGCCAGGUGUUGAUGCUGAAGUGGCUUGUAAAGGAAAAUGUCCCUGUCCUCCAAAACCUUGUGUGUGUACUCAGGAACUUGCUCCAGUGUGUGGUACGGACGGUGUAACGUACCCCAGUCGUUCAUGCAUGAGAUGCAAGCCGGGGGUAAAAGUAGCGUGCCAAGGGGGAUGCCCGUGUCCGCCCAAAACAUAGUAAUGAGGCAAAAACGACACCGUUUGUAUGGAGGAAUAUUUACUGUGGAUCUGGAAGUAUUUGUUUUAAUGCCGAUAAAUUUAUAGCAAGUUGGCGCAUCCAAUGAAUUUGCAAAAAUAAAAUAUAUUUCUUCAAAAUAAAUCUACAAACUUUUAAA